AUGAUUCUCACUUUCGUGCUCUUCGUUUUAAGCAUACUGCAAGUUCAUGCUGCUCCUCAAGAGCCUGGCUUUCAAUGGCCUGUACCAGAUGAUGAUGUAGAAUACGACGUGACCACCACAAAGACUUUGGAUCGAUUCGGUCAUCCAAUUUAUACCGUGAACAUGGUACCGAUUGAGUACGGUGGUGUAACACAUGGUUACUCGACGGCAAACGCUCAAUCGCAGGGGUCGUCGUAUGGCGGUGACCAAGCCAAAAGUUACCGUAAUGGUAAUUCCGGUUACGACGCAUACUCUCAAAACAAUGGACAGGCCAAUAGUGCUGCAACCUCUGGAAGUAGCUAUUUGGCAAAUUAUGGACCAGGAAGCAGCUAUGUAAAAUCUUCUAAUUCUAGAGCGAAUGCACAGAGCGCUUCUAGCAAUUCUCAAAACAGUUUUAAUGGUUAUAAUGGUGCACCAGUUCCUCAGAAUUAUUAUAAUCAAUAUUAUAACCCACCACCGUACGUACCUCCAACUUCAUACCCUCCUCAAGCAGUACCAGCUUACCCACCAUUUGCAUACCAAGGGUAUCCACCCAACUUCUAUCCCGGGAAUACACCCAGAACUCCCCCAUUCUACCCUGGCUUCAAAAAUCCCAACUACCCUGUUCAUACGAUUCCUAAUAAUCCUAUCCCAAUAGUCCCCUUAACUCAACCAGUACAACGUGUUCCAGUUCAAUUACCCAUAUCACAAAGUGUUCCAAUACCAAGGCCAUUUCCUCCAUUGACUCCAGUCAUUCCUAUUUCUCAACUACCCUUACCUCAGCCCAUUGUACCAAGGGAACUAAUAGUUACAACUAUGGAACUAGCACUGCCGCUGGCUCAGGAUCAGGCUCUGGCACAUCCUCCACUGGAAACAACGGAGGAACAAGCUCUGCUGCUGGCUCAGGAUCAGGCUCUGGCUCUACAUCUAGUGGAAACACAGGAGGAACUAGCUCUGCCGCUGGCUCAGGAUCAGGCUCUAGCUCUACAUCUAGUGGAAACACAGGAGGAACUAGCUCUGCCGCUGGCUCAGGAUCAGGCUCUAGCUCUACAUCUAGUGGAAACACAGGAGAAACUAUCUCUGCCGCUGGCUCAGGAUCAGGCUCUGGCUCUACAUCUAGUGGAAACACAGGUGAAACUAGCUCUGCCGCUGGCUCAGGAUCAGGCUCUGGCUCUACAUCAAGUGGAAACACAGGAGGAACUAGCUCUGCCGCUGGCUCAGGAUCAGGCUCUGGCUCUACAUCUAGUGGAAACACAGGAGAAACUAGCUCUGCCGCUGGCUCAGGAUCAGGCUCUGGCUCUACAUCAAGUGGAAACACAGGAGGAACUAGCUCUGCCGCUGGCUCAGGAUCAGGCUCUGGCUCUACAUCUAGUGGAAACACAGGAGGAACUAGCUCUGCCCCUGGCUCAGGAUCAGGCUCUGGCUCUACAUCUAGUGGAAACACAGGAGGAACUAGCUCUGCCGCUGGCUCAGGAUCAGGCUCUGGCACAUCCUCUACUGGAAACAAAGGAGAAACUAGCUCUGCCACUGGCUCAGGAUCAGGCUCUGCCGCUGGCUCAGGAUCAGGCUCUGGCACAUCCUCUACUGGAAACAAAGGAGGAACUAGCUCUGCCGCUGGCUCAGGAUCAGGCUCUGGCUCUACAUCUAGUGGAAACACAGGAGGAACUAGCUCUGCCGCUGGCUCAGGAUCAGGCUCUAGCUCUACAUCUAGUGGAAACACAGGAGGAACUAGCUCUGCCGCUGGCUCAGGAUCAGGCUCUGGCUCUACAUCUAGUGGAAACACAGGAGGAACUAGCUCUGCCGCUGGCUCAGGAUCAGGCUCUGGCUCUACAUCUAGUGGAAACACAGGAGGAACUAGCUCUGCCGCUGGCUCAGGAUCAGGCUCUGGCACAUCCUCUACUGGAAACAACGGAGGAACAAGUUCUGCCGCUGGCUCAGGAUCAGGCUCUGGCUCUACAUCUAGUGGAAACACAGGAGAAACUAGCUCUGCCGCUGGCUCAGGAUCAGGCUCUGGCUCUACAUCAAGUGGAAACACAGGAGGAACUAGCUCUGCCGCUGGCUCAGGAUCAGGCUCUGGCUCUACAUCUACUGGAAACAAAGGAGGAACUAGCUCUGCCGCUGGCUCAGAAUCAGGCUCUAGCUCUACAUCUAGUGGAAACACAGGAGGAACUAGCUCUGCCGCUGGCUCAGGAUCAGGCUCUGGCACAUCAUCUACUGGAAACAACGGAGGAACAAGCUCUGCCGCUGGCUCAGGAUCAGGCUCUGGCUCUACAUCUAGUGGAAACACAGGAGGAACUAGCUCUGCCGCUGGCUCAGGAUCAGGCUCUGGCACAUCAUCUACUGGAAACAACGGAGGAACAAGCUCUGCCGCUGGCUCAGGAUCAGGCUCUGGCUCUACAUCUAGUGGAAACACAGGAGGAACUAGCUCUGCCGCUGGCUCAGGAUCAGGCUCUGGCACAUCAUCUACUGGAAACAACGGAGGAACAAGCUCUGCCGCUGGCUCAGGAUCAGGCUCUGGCUCUACAUCUAGUGGAAACACAGGAGGAACUAGCUCUGCCGCUGGCUCAGGAUCAGGCUCUGGCACAUCCUCUACUGGAAACAACGGAGGAACAAGUUCUGCCGCUGGCUCAGGAUCAGGCUCUGGCUCUACAGCUAGUGGAAACACAAGAGAAACUAGCUCUGCUGCUGGCUCAGAAUCAGGCUCUGGCUCUACAUCUAGAGGAAACACAGGAGAAACUAUCUCUACCGCUGGCUCAGGAUCAGGCUCUGGCUCUACAUCUAGUGGAAACACAGGUGGAACUAGCUCUGCCGCUGGCUCAGGAUCAGGCUCUGGCACAUCCUCUACUGGAAACAACGGAGGAACAAGCUCUGCCGCUGGCUCAGGAUCAGGCUCUGGCUCUACAUCUAGUGGAAACACAGGAGGAACUAGCUCUGCCGCUGGCUCAGGAUCAGGCUCUGGCACAUCAUCUACUGGAAACAACGGAGGAACAAGCUCUGCCGCUGGCUCAGGAUCAGGCUCUGGCUCUACAUCUAGUGGAAACACAGGAGGAACUAGCUCUGCCGCUGGCUCAGGAUCAGGCUCUGGCACAUCAUCUACUGGAAACAACGGAGGAACAAGCUCUGCCGCUGGCUCAGGAUCAGGCUCUGGCUCUACAUCUAGUGGAAACACAGGAGGAACUAGCUCUGCCGCUGGCUCAGGAUCAGGCUCUGGCACAUCCUCUACUGGAAACAACGGAGGAACAAGUUCUGCCGCUGGCUCAGGAUCAGGCUCUGGCUCUACAGCUAGUGGAAACACAAGAGAAACUAGCUCUGCUGCUGGCUCAGAAUCAGGCUCUGGCUCUACAUCUAGAGGAAACACAGGAGAAACUAUCUCUACCGCUGGCUCAGGAUCAGGCUCUGGCUCUACAUCUAGUGGAAACACAGGUGGAACUAGCUCUGCCGCUGGCUCAGGAUCAGGCUCUGGCACAUCCUCUACUGGAAACAACGGAGGAACAAGUUCUGCCGCUGGCUCAGGAUCAGGCUCUGGCUCUACAUCUAGUGGAAACACAGGAGGAACUAGCUCUGCCGCUGGCUCAGGAUCAGGCUCUGGCACAUCUUCUACUGGAAACAAAGGAGGAACUAGCUCUGCCGCUGGCUCAGGAUCAGGCUCUGGCUCUACAUCUAGUGGAAACACAGGAGGAACUAGCUCUGCCGCUGGCUCAGGAUCAGGCUCUGGCACAUCCUCUACUGGAAACAACGGAGGAACAAGUUCUGCCGCUGGCUCAGGAUCAGGCUCUGGCUCUACAUCUAGUGGAAACACAGGAGGAACUAGCUCUGCCGCUGGCUCAGGAUCAGGCUCUGGCACAUUAUCUACUGGAAACAACGGAGGAACAAGCUCUGGCUCUGGCUAUGGAUCAGGCUCUGGCUCUAGCUCAGGUGGAGACACACGAGGAACCAGUUCUGGCUCUGCUUAUGGAUCAGGCUCUGGCUCUAGUUCUGGCGGACACACAGGAGGAACUAGCUCUGGCUCUGGCUUCGGAUCAGGUAUUGGCUCUAGCUCUGGCGGAAACACAGGAGGAACUAGCUCUGGCUCUGGCUUCGGAUACGGCUCUGGCUCUAGCUCAGGUGGAAACUCAGGAGGAACUAGCUCUGGCUCUGGCUAUGGAUCAGGCUCUGGCUCUAGUUCUGGCGGACACACAGGAGGAACUAGCUCUGGCUCUGGCUAUGGAUCAGGCUCUGGCACAUCCUCUACUGGAAACAACGGAGGAACUAGCUCUGCCGCUGGCUCAGGAUCAGGCUCUGGCUCUAGCUCUGGCGGAAACAAAGAAGGAACUAGCUCUGGCUCUGGCUAUGGAUCAGGCUCUGGCUCUAGCUCAGGUGGAGACACACGAGGAACUAGUUCUGGCUCUGGCUAUGGAUCAGGCUAUGGCUCUAGCUCUGGCGAAAACAAAGGAGAAAUAA